GUGCUUUGUUGUGUUAGCCUGAUCCAAGACCCCGCUGACUGGAUUAAUCCCGUUCACAGUGUAGAAAAAGUGCUGUUUUGUAUCAUUUGUUUGGGAGAAUCGUCGCCGCGAGUAGAAAUGUCUCCAGAUUUCUGCAUCGAAUCGCCGCCGGGGAGCACGACGAAAGAAGAGGAGCGGGCAGCUUCUCGCCCAAAACUGGAAUAAGACGCCACCAUUAAAUUCUCUUCCGGAGUGCUUUUGUUGUGUUGGGGGGGCUUUUCACGGCGACCCAAGUGUCGACAGAAGAAAGCAGUGGAAUGGCGUUCUUCGCGAAAAAGAAGAAAUUCAAGUUCCAGACACAUCUGACGCUGGAGGAGCUGAGCGCCGUGCCGUUCGUCAACGGGGUUCUCUUCUGCAAAGUUCGCCUGCUGGACGGAGACUUCGUCGCUUCCUCCUCCAGGGAGGAAGUGCGCGAGAACUGCGUGCGAUGGGGCAAGAGGUUCUCCUUCGUGUCCAAGAUGAGCGCAAACCCGCACACGGGCGUGCUGGACCCGUCCGUCUGCCGGGUGUCUGUCAGGAAGGAGCUGAAAGGCGGCAAAGCUUACACGAAGCUGGGCUUCGCGGACUUGAACAUGGCGGAGUUUGCCGGCUCGGGUUCCACCGCGCGCUGCUGCCUGCUGGAGGGCUACGACACCAAGAACACGCGGCAGGACAAUUCCAUUCUCAAGGUGAUCAUCGGGAUGACGCUCCUGUCUGGAGACCCCUGUUUUAAAACUCCGGCCAGCACGGCCAACAAGAGCAUCUCCGUCCCGGGACGCGAGCACACCCUGCAGCCCGACUGCAAGGGGGAGGGAACCAAGGCGGAACCCGGGCCCCCCGGAGGGAUUUCUCUGGGCCGAACACCCAAACAUCGACCCUCCAUCGUUAGCUCAGGUCUUCUGGAAGAUGCCGAAAGUAACCCGUGUGCCCUCGGAGAACUUUUCCAAUCGGGCCAUUCUCGCAACUCCAGCUACGCCAGCCAGCACAGCAAGAUCUCCGGCUACAGCACGGAGCACUCUCGCUCCUCCAGCCUGUCGGACUUGACGCACCGCAGGAACACCUCCACCAGCAGCAGCGCCUCGGGGGGCCUGGGGGGCUUCGCCGCCGACGCCCCCGCGGAUGGAGAAAGAGAAGCGGGACGCUCGGAGAGACCGCCCCGGCCCCCCAGGCCGCUUCUGCCCACCAACAGGCCCCCAAGGAGGAAGCAGGACUCGGUGGAGAGUCAGCCGUCCUGGGUCAACGACACUCGCAUGGACGCCGACGACAUCGUGGAGAAGAUCGUCCAGAGCCAAAACUUUGAGGGCGUCAGCAACACUGAAGACAGCAACCUGCGCCUGUUCGUCAACCGAGACGGCAGCACCGCCCUCAGCGCCAUCCGGCUGGGCAACGGGGUCUCGGCCGGCGGCUAUGAGCCCGUAGUCAUCGAGAGCCACUAGACGGGGAGGAAUCAUCACCCCCCCCCCCACCAUUUUUUUUUCUCUCUUCUGUUCCCCCUCCUUUCCCCUCGCCGACUUCAGCUGGCCUGAAGCCGGCACGGUGAGAAAGACGCGUCAGUUUGCACUUUAGCCAGCGGUUGCCAUCUUGUUUCAGAAACCGAGAAUCCUCGCGGUGUCCUCGGGUUCGUCGCCACCGUCGAAAUUGAGCCUCUGGCGGGAAACAAAUGCUAAAUGUUGUAUCUGCGCAACUGGAUCGAACAUCAAUAUCGUGAGGCCAGCCCGAGCGUUUAAUCGACUGGACGAUUUAAUCGGACGAUAUUGGCUCUGUUAUCUGCAAACAGCUGCUGACAUCCCCCCCCCCCCCCCCCCCAUAGUUCAGUGAUUUAAAUUGCUUGGACAUUGACGCAUUACAACAAACCACGAAGGUAACACCAUUCAAACAUUGCCCAGGAAAACAAAAAAGAACCCCUCAAAAAAAUCUGUUCUGAAGUUAAAAUAAAUACUCAAGGACCAAGUAUUGGAAAACAGUCACAUUAUAUGCUCUGAAUUCAUAUCUUUAUUCUUACAUAUCAAUAUUGUUAGUCAGUUAUCGCUGACUGUUAAAUGACGUCAUCCUGAAGCGCCGCUGCGGCUUCACUCAUUGAGAUAAACAAUUGACGUCAUCCUGAAGCGCCGCUGCGGCUUACUGCAGUCAGAUAUGUACGGUAGAUGAGAAAAAUGUGAAAAGGCGCUUUUCACACAGAACUCAGCAAAGUCCAAAGUGCCGCUGUAGCUUCACGUAUUAGGAUGACAUCAUGAGUUGUGUGUGAAAUGCCCCUUUGCACGUUUUCAGCAUUGCACUCAAUGCAUUCACUUGAGUUUACCUAACGCAGCUGUGCUGGCAACACGCGUUGAGAUAACGUAGCCAGUGAGAACAUUUACGGAUCGGCUUAAGCUCGCCGAAUCUUUUUUUCGUCCGUGCCUUCGGCACACGGGACAAACGACGAAACCGAGGAGGUUUCCUGUGGAUCGGGGAACCCAAAGUGAGCCACUUUGCAGUUUUUGGAGCCCGUGACCGUUUCGCUUUCUGAGCCCGAAGCGUCUUCGUCUCCCGCGAGAACGCCAAUGACGGCCAAGAGACACAAGGCAUCCCACCCCCAGCCCCCCCUCGCCCUAGCGAUUGUGAAAGUUGUUUUUUGAUGAUCUGAACCUCAUCUGUGAUCGCUCUGCUGCCCCCUGGUGGAGCAACCAGUGUCGACACCCAACAUAGUUCACAAAAGAGCUUGAGAAACGGCAAAGAAAUGUUUACAAACAGCUGGCUGCUUGGAACGUUUCCUUUGUUUUAUUCAUUUUCUUCAUCUUUGGGAAUUAGUUUUGAAUGUAUUCCACCAUAACAGUGACAAUUAGUACUGUGUUUUUUCUUUUAAAAUGGUCUUUUCAGAGUUUUUGUCUAAAAACGCCCACUCAUGGUUAGAUUUAGGUCACGUUUCGGGGAAUGAACCACUAAUUUGUUUUGUUUACAUCACCUAUUAUACUCUUUCUAUUUUUAAGCAAUUAUUUAUAUUUUUUGUCAUUUUAUUCUAUGAUGGUUUUGUCCGGAGGAUGGAUGGUUAUAAGCUAUGCACACGACUCCCCUCCCCUCUGCUUUUUUUUAUUUUAUUUUAAUCUUCCACUAUUAGAAAUUCUAACAAGUGUGUAUUGUAUCAUAGCAAAACUAGUAUUUACCUAAAGUUAUAGAAAUUGACCUUUGUAACACUUCUAAACAAUAAAAAUCUAUAUUAUCA